AGGAGGAGGAUGUUGCGCGUGAAGGGGAAAUGGCUGCCGAAAACAAGCCGGAAGGACUGAAGAAAGUUCGUAAUCCGGAUCGAAUGUACAGAUCAGCAGUGUGUUAUGCUGGCCAUGGUCCACCUAAGAGUAUCAGUGAUGACACAGAGACGAACAAUGAACAUGGACAUUUGAAAAUAUACCUGCCCAAGAAGCUGCUUGAAUGUCUACCAAAAUGCACGUCGCUGCCAAAGGAGAGACACCGGUGGAACACUAAUGAGGAGAUCGCAGCUUACUUGAUAACAUUUGAAAAGCAUGAAGAAUGGCUAACGACAUCCCCUAAAACCAGGCCGCAGAAUGGGUCGAUGAUAUUGUACAAUAGGAAGAAGGUGAAGUACAGAAAGGAUGGCUACUGCUGGAAGAAGAGGAAAGACGGCAAGACCACACGGGAGGAUCACAUGAAGUUGAAAGUGCAGGGAGUUGAGUGUCUGUAUGGCUGCUAUGUCCACUCCUCCAUCAUCCCCACCUUCCACCGCAGGUGCUACUGGCUGCUCCAGAAUCCUGAUAUUGUGCUCGUCCACUAUUUGAAUGUCCCAGCCAUUGAGGAUUGUGGGAAACCAUGUGGUCCUAUCCUGUGUUCCAUCAAUACAGACAAGAAGGAGUGGGCCAAGUGGACCAAGGAGGAGUUGAUUGGCCAACUUAAGCCUAUGUUUCAUGGCAUCAAGUGGACUUGCAGCAAUGGGAACAGCAGCUCUGGCUUCUCAGUGGAGCAGCUAGUGCAACAGAUUCUGGACAGCCACCAAACUAAGCCACCUCCCCGGACUCACAACUGCCUCUGCACGGGCACCCUGGGUGCAGGGAGCAGUGUGCACCACAAAUGCAACAGCGCCAAACACCGUAUCAUCUCCCCUAAGGUGGAUCCCCGUUCAGGGGCUUACAGCAGCUCUCACUCUGAGGUACAAAACAAUGAUGUGUCUGAGGGGAAAACCGAGCACAGUUCCCAUGGUGGAGGCAAAAGCUCUGGAGGAGGAGGCGGAGGGGGUAGCACAAGGGAGAAACGUAAUGGCAAAGUCCACAAGCCUGUCCUGCUCCACCAGAACAGCACGGAGGUGUCGUCCACCAAUCAGGUCGAGGUUCCCGACACCACACAAAACUCUCCUGUCUCCAUCAGCAGUGGCCUCAACAGUGAUCCAGACAUGGCUGACAGCCCUGUGGUCACAGGCAUGGGCCAUGUGGCCUCUGUCAUGUCUGGCCUGUCACAGAGUGUCUUUAUGUCUGAGGUCACUGGAGACCCUGUCUAUAGCAUGUCUCCAACCGGGGGCCCUAAUACUCACCUGAUGGGUACAGAUGCCACUUCACAGGGCUUGGUGCUGUCUGUUACCGCUGAUCGUCACAAAUUUGCCUUCCCCAGUGGAGGAGUUGGGGAACCUGGUACGACCGCGACGGGAGACAGUCUGUCUAUGUUGUCUGCUGCUGGGGUGUCAGAGGAGCUGGUGCUGUCCAGCAGCCUGGACUCUGGAAGCAUCAAGAUCCCAGAGACCAAUAUGAACUUUGACCCUGACUGCUUUCUGAACAAUCCUAAACAGGGCCAGACCUAUGGAGGCAGUGCAUUAAAGACAGAGGGUAACUCUUCUUCAACCUCAUCUUCCUCUGGUGGCAGCACCAAUACUAAUGGCAGUCUGCAGCGCUCCCCCUCUAUGUCAGACAAUGGCUACACCUUCAGCUCAGCUUUGGUAAAAAACAUUAAGACCGAGGACACCUCCUUUGAGCAGCAGCUGGCCAAGGAGAGUGGCUACCAGGUGGGGACAGUAGUAAACUGUGGCAGUGGGGUGUCUGUGUCAUCUGGUGCUGGUUCAGGCCAGGGCAGCCUCUCUCUGACCACAGGAGGCUCUCUGCUUCCCUCUGGUGGGGGUCUAAGUCCCAGCACUACCCUGGAGCAGAUGGAUUUUAGUGCCAUUGAUGCUAAACAGGACUAUACUUCCAGUGCAACCACAGUAAACUAUGGCCAAGCAAUGUCUAGUCCUCACAUGCAACACCAGAAUCGUUCACCAAGCUUCUUCCUCCAGGAUGGCUCUCAGACUGGCCAGACUCAGCAAGGCAGGCCUAACAUGGGCCAGAAAACACAUUUGAUGGAGCACAACCAUGACUCUGGAGCAUAUAUGGGCCUUCAGGUGGUGAAGACAGACUCUCCUGGCAGCAACGGCCAUCUCCAUCACCAUCACCAGGCCCACCAACCCCAGCACAGGGCCAACUGUAAUGGAGGCUCACCCACAGAGGGGCCUGGGCAGGCAGGUUCUCUUCAGCUGUUACAAUACCAGGGGACCUUUCCUGGGCUAGGCACUGAGCAUGAGGAAGUGGUGGGUCUAGAACAACAAGGCAAUGUGAGUUCAGCUCAGGCAGGAGCCCCUGAAAAUGGAACAGAUAAUUUGUUGAAGCCAGGGGAUCAUAUUCAGGCCUGUGGGGCAGGUAAUGGAGACGCAGGGGCGGCAGAGCACUAUCUGCAGCAGACCUCAGAUGGAAGAGGAGGAGGGAGUGGAGGUGCAGGAGAAGUAAUUCAUAAUGGAAACAACAACAGUGAUGGCAACAACCGGUCCCAACAGCAACCACAGCUGCAGCCUCUUCUCCAAGGCACAAGCAUGGUCCAGGGUCUCUACAACACUGUCGGAACCCACCAAGGACUGGGCGGGGCAACCAGUAAUGGGGGAGCAGGAGGAACAGGCAUGGAGAUCAGUUUGGAUCACUUUGACAUCUCUUUUGGGAAUCAGUUCUCUGACCUCAUCAGUGACUUUAUUUCAGUGGAUGGCAGUGGAACAACCAUGACCGCUGGUGGGGCACUAUAUGCUCACCAGCUAGUGACAUCCCAUAGCUCUGAUAGUCAGAACACAGCUGGUACAGGCCCUCAACAGGGCCAGGAAGAUGGAGAAGCAAGGGGCUCAGGCUACAGCCCCUCAGAUCUCUGCCUUCAACCCUGCUGUAGUCCCCAGUCACUGAGUGGAGGGGCCGGAGCAGGAGGAACCACCGGAGAGCCCAGCUCCUUGUCCUACAUGAAUGUAGCAGAGGUGGUAUCUGCAGCUGUAGCCCAGGGGGCUCUGGGGAUGCUCCAGGCCACAGGCCGACUCUUCAUGGUCACUGACUACUCUCCUGAGUGGUCCUACCCUGAGGGUGGAGUAAAGGUGCUGAUCACAGGGCCAUGGCAAGAGGCCAGUUCAAACUACAGCUGCUUGUUUGACCAGAUCUCAGUCCCAGCCUCCCUUAUUCAACCAGGGGUGCUGCGCUGCUACUGCCCAGCUCAUGACACAGGUCUGGUGACCCUACAGGUGGCUGUUAGUAACCAAAUCAUCUCUAACUCUGUGGUGUUUGAGUACAAGGCCCGCGCUCUACCGUCACUGCCAUCAUCUCAACACGAUUGGCUUUCACUGGAUGAUAACCAGUUCAGAAUGUCUAUCCUGGAGCGCUUGGAGCAGAUGGAGAGGAGGAUGGCAGAGAUGGCCAGCCACCAGCAGUCGAGCAGCACAGGGAGUGGCGGAUCUGGGGGAGGAACUGGGGGGACAGGGGGGACAGGGGGAGGAGGAGGAGGAGGAGGAGGAGGCAACAACAGUCAGUCACAGUGUGUAUCUGGCCAAACGCAAGCCAGCAGUUCCUUUGAGAGCCGUGUUGUGGUGGUCUGUGAGAAGAUGAUGAGCAGAGCUUGCUGGGCCAAGUCCAAACAUUUAAUCCACUCCAAGACUUUCAGAGGCAUGACACUCCUUCACCUGGCCGCAGGCCAAGGCUAUGCCACCCUCAUCCAGACACUCAUCAAGUGGCGCACCAAACAUGCAGAUAGUAUUGAUUUGGAGUUAGAAGUGGACCCUCUCAAUGUAGACCACUUCUCCUGCACACCUCUGAUGUGGGCAUGUGCUCUGGGGCACCUGGAGGCAGCUGUGGUCUUAUAUAAAUGGGACAGACGUGCACUAGCUAUCCCUGAUUCUCUGGGCCGUUUACCCUUGUCAAUUGCCCGCUCCCGUGGCCAUACUAAAUUGGCUGAAUGUCUGGAGCAGCUGCAAAGGGAAGAGCAGCAGCCACCAGCGCCAUUACCACCGACGAGUCGUGUGUCUUUCUCACCAGCCCCGGAUGCCCCUACAACAGGUAGCUGGAUGGUCAACUGGGCAAAUGAUGGUGUAGUAACACCCUCAGGCAAGAAAGGGGGAGCUGCCACCACUACAACUACAUCCAGCAACACCAGCCUCAAUCCAGACUUGAGAAGGCCUAGGUCAGAGCCAUCCAACUACUACAGCAGCGAGGGCCAAAGAGAUCUCCCACAAGCUAAAAAACAUAAACCCAAUCCAGAACUGUUUCAAGCACGGCCUGACAAGGCCAUGUCUGUUCCUUUGAGCCUGGAGCAGCAACAGCUCCACAAGCUGUCCUCUAGCCCCAAGAGCCUCUCCUCAGAGGGUCUAUGCUCAGACAAGGGCCUGUCGACAGGAGGGAACACAGGGACAGCCAGAUGGACCUCCAGAGACAGUUUCUCUAGCAGCAGUUUGGGGAGGAAGGGGCUGGGGGUCAGUGGAGGCAGCAGUCUGGGGAAGGAGAAGCUGGUCAACCGGUUGCGUCAGCGGGAACAGCUAGGCAUGCUGGUGAUGGCAGACAGAGAAAUGGCUGAUGCAGAACUACUGUCCUAUCGGGAAGAUUUGGAGAACCAGGACUGCCUCACACAGAUGGAUGACCUGCAGGUCAAUAUGAUGACUCUAGCAGAGCACAUAAUUGAAGCAACCCCAGAAAGAAUCAAAAGGGAGAACUUCACCGCUGCAGACUCUGUGCCCUUAGACACAUCAGGGGUCAGCAACACCAUGAACUGGCUGGCCAACUAUCUGGGAGAUGUGGAACAGCUGCCUAGCAUCAUACACUUAAGAUCUCUAUAUAAUGAACCCCUGACGCCAUCGUCCAACCCCAGCCUCAGCCCCGGGGGUUCUCCCAUAAGAGAGGGUCCUUUGGAGAGGUCCACACUCCCAUCCCCAGCUGAUUGGAGUGAGUUCAUCAAUGCCUCCAACAGCAAAGUGGAGCGAGACCUGGCCCAGCUGACUCUGUCAGAUCCAGAGCAGAGAGAGCUGUAUGAGGCUGCUCGUCUAGUCCAAACUGCCUUCCGCAAGUACAAGGGGCGGCCCCUCCGAGAGCAACAGGAAGUAGCUGCUGCUGUUAUUCAACGUUGUUACAAGAAGUACAAACAGCUAACAUGGAUAGCCUUGAAGUAUGCACUUUAUAAGAAGAUGACGCAGGCCGCCAUCCUUAUCCAGAGUAAAUUCCGCAGCUACCACGAACAAAAGAAGUUCCAGCAGAGCAGGAGGGCUGCUGUGCUCAUUCAGCAAUACUACCGCAGCUACAAGGAGUUUGGCCGGCUGAAGCCCCAUCACCGUGGGGCAGCUGCUGCCCUGGUGCAACACAAACUGAGAGGUAGUCUGCUCACUAAGAGGCAGGAUCAGGCUGCCAGGAAGAUCAUGAGGUUCCUACGUCGCUGCCGCCACAGCCCCUUGAUGGACCAUAGACUGUUCAAGCGGGUGAGUGCAGUCUCAGCAACUCAGGUGAAAGAAUUGAAAAGGGCCAGGGAACAUGAGACCCCUCAGAAGAGCCCCCUCGCGAUGUGACAUCACUCUCCUGACUCCUCUUUUAAUUUUUUGUUCGUACCCAAGACAUUUUACAAGAGAAAUGGAAAAAAACAGCGAUGCAAACACUGCAAUUAUUAUUACUACUGCAGUGUUAAUGGUUCGACAACUAUUACAUGUACAACGGCAUUUUUUCACAUAUCUAUUCUUUCCACUGACUUGAUUUCGGUUGGAGAGUGGCAACUUCUAUGGGACUACAAACUAAAAAGGGUUGGUGUGGGGGGGUGCAGAACAUUUGCUUCAUGGCAUUUUUUGCACUUUUUCAUGGAUUCCUUUGUCUUUUUUUGGAAAAUAAAGAAGCUCUGGACGGUAAAGGAAGCGCUCACAGGACAUGUCUGAGGAGGUCUGUCACAUGUGAGGACCUGAAGAAAUGUACAUUAAGGCUGCUGUAGAAGAUCUCAGAGGAUAGGGAGACCAUGCAGAAACACUCUGGGCUCUAAUUGUAUUUCAUAAUUUUUUAAGUGACCAAUCGAUUUAUUUGAAGAAGGAUUUUUUUGUUUUGUUUUUAAACCAAAUGCUUUGGUAGCCCACACACUCACUUCUAUCCACCGCUGUAGAUGAUAUAGUAUUCAGUUUAGCUCAACAAUUGCUCCUGUCCCACUGUGCUCUCCCCCACCAGUCUGCCCACACGGGUGGAGCUACAAAUGAAUGUAGUCGGGGUUUAACCAUGCAGAAGCAGAUGGGGGAUAAAAUAUUUAGUUUUGCCAUUUUGUUAGGAAACCCUAUGCUUUACAUUCUAUAUUGUCCCUUUAUUACUUGAAUUUGUUUCAUACUGUCUGAUGUAUUUGUUCCAUCAUGUCUAAUGUAUUAGUGAUCUGUAUCUUCAGACUAUGUUGUUGAAAACUACCAAGAAAAAAUGCAUGACUUCUUGGCAAGAAACGUGUCUGCUUGUGUGCUUAUGGUCUAGUCUUUCAGCCUAUCCUCUGAUUUUCUUUUCAUUUCCAGUUUAGUGGUCCACAUACUCAUACCCAGCUUUCCCUGUAUUGUCCUGUUUCUUUCCAUUGUGUUUUGCUUCAUUUUGCCUCACUCAUUGGAUUGCUCUUUUGAAACCUAACAAGAGAAAAUAACUUGCCUAUUUUGUGUUGUAAUGGUUCUGGUCAUGCAGUUUAUUAAUGUUCUUUUUAAAUGAACUUCAGAGCCUGUGAAGGCUUUUGAGGGGAAGAUCACAUACAUUGCCUUGACGUCUUAGAGAUUCUUUGAGGGGUCCCUAAGCUUGUCCCAAACUAGGGGUUUGACAAAUCCAUAUUUUUGACAAUUGAGCGAUUUCUGUAUAUAAAGAAGGCUGAAAGUACGUAGGAAAAAAAAAACAUUUACCCAAAGGGGAUUGUAUUUUAGAAAUAUAUUAUUUUAUUCAUUAAAAAUGGGUCAAAAACAGGUACGAGACAAAAACAGAAUAUUUGUAUAGUUUUGUUUGAAUGCCUAAGAAGUAUGGUUGUAUUGUUUGUAUAUAGUGUAAAUAUCUGGGAUAAAAAUGAGCUAUGUGCAUGAAAAGUAUGAACAGAGUUAAAAGGGAAAAAACAACAAAAGCAGUAGUGGCUAUGCUCUGUAAAAUUAAAAAUAUUUCACUAUUAGAGUAUUUUAUUUUAUUUUGAUUGUUCCUGAGAAGAACAUUUUUGCUAAAGCAUGAUAUUAUUGCAAUAUGAAAAAGUAAAAAAUACAGUAUUUAGAGGUAGGAGAAGUCUGCAAAAUUAUCUUAAAACAAGUAUGGUUAUGUUUACAUUUUUUGUUUUCUGUUUCUUUUUUCCUUUGGGCUACCAAGAAUCUUUUGCCAAUGGUGCCAAGGUAUGUGAAUGCUAUCUAGCUUAAGAAUUAAGUUAAUUUUUUGCAGAACAGAUAAUCAUACAGUGAAGUACACACUAGCACUGAAGGCCGUAGGAUCACAUCUGGCCGAGGAUCACAAGAACAAAAGGGUACACAGUUUGCAAAGAGAAUCAAAUUUAAGCAGAGAACUUGAGUCUCUCAUGUCUUUUACAUCACCAUACAUAACCCAGGCAUUUACUGUCGACAUAGCAGAGAAGGAAAGUCUGAUUUGAGCUUUUUUUGUUUGUUUGUUUGUUUGUUUUUGCUGUUGUUGUCAUUACAAAUGGAAUGUCAUGUGUUACUGAGGUAUACUGUAUGAUCUUAAAGAUUGUAAAUGGCAGCCUUGCCCAUGGUGACACUAUAAAGUGAUCCAUGUUAUUACUUUCUGUCACUGAGAAAGAUUUAAUACACCUCUUUCAGUGGCCAGUAUGUUGCACCAACGACUGAAUUUAUUCAUUUUAGGCUGAACCCAGUGGUAAACUGGUGAUAUGUUUUUACUCAAUACAAUAUGUUCUAAUGGAAAACUCCUUGUUCAAGGCUGCCAGAAUCUGUACUAUGUAUUCUAUGUAAAGAACAAAGGAAAAAGAAGUCUAUGAAAAACACGUGUAGCAUACUGUACAUGACUGGAUUUAAUUGCCAAGCAGCUAAAAAUGCAAAAUGAACUAUUUUAUCCAGAAGGACAGCGCUCUGAGUUGUCUCACACUGGUGCCAUGUUUAAUUUGAGGAAUAAGAUGUGUCUUGUACAGCAGAUAAUAUAUACUUAUAUGGCAUUUUUGAUAGAUGUAAAGUAACAAUCUGGGAGAAAAUACUGUACUCAUGAGCUGCUGAUUUAGAGGUGCCUGUUGGUUGCUGCCUAAUUCAUAAAUACCCCUACCAGAACUACCAGGAAGUGUAUUCUGUAUCCAUUGAACAACAUUUGAUUAUUCAGCCAAGUGCCACUGAAAAACUUGUGUUCUGUUUAUUGAAAAUGUCUCAUGUUUUUUCCAAAUACUUUUUCGGCUAAAUGGGUAUUUCUUUGCUUCGUUUCCUCAACUGAAUGGCUGUUUUUUUCCCCACACAAUUUCUUUCCUGAGUGUUUAUGUAGAAAGUGCCUAUUCAUAUCCUGAUCACACAAGUUUGGUAUCUGAAUUUGUAAGAUCCCACCUAAUGUUGAGAAAAUGAGAGAGAACAUGGUCACCUCCCUAUAGACAGUGCUGGAUCCUCCACAUGAACACACACAUCCCAUUCACCUCACACUCACAAUAUGACACACCGGUAACCCUGUUCACACCACUAUCACCACCGAAUUCCUGCUUGUCAACAUGCUAAGCUUUUUGUUCUUCCUUUUCUGCCUUCUAAUCUUUUUUCUACUGGGUCAUCUUGUUAAAAUCACAUUUAGAAAUGCCACUACUGGGAUUUGUUGCCUUGCAUUCUUCCUCUUGUGUGUGGUUAGAAUGCAUAGCCAAUGCAAUGUCGUGGCAAAAGGAGAAGGAUCUAUUAUGCUUGCAUGGGUAAAAUAGUUAACUGGGUGACAGAACUGCACCUAAAGCAUGCUUAUUUUCCUAGAAUCGGUAGUCAGAUAGACUUGUUAAAAGACUUACUGUUCUGUAAAACGAUGAACGUUGGUUUGACGUGUCACAGAACUCAGAAAGACAGAGGGCAUGAAACCCACAAACAGAGCCUUUGAGCAACAUUCAGUAGCUACUGAUGUUUUCAUGGCAAAGCAUGAGGACAGGAUUGUUUUUAAAGCAAGCUCUAACUUUUUAACUUUUCCUUUAGUUUUUGUUUUUAAUCAUUUAGAUUUGAUCAGUAUGCUCCCAACUUCAAAUAGAACAAAUGGACGCGGUUGGAGAGGCCAUUGUGAGAGUAUAUAUUUCAAGUAUUAACUAAGCGACACAUGAUAUACACAAAACACACGCACAAGACACUGCACAGCACACAUGCAGAUAUGUUAAGGUGUCAGUUUCAUUUGUCCAGUGAAGGCAGUAAUUGCUUCGCACCAGGUUGAGGGACUGGUUCACCUCCCUUCUGUAUUUUUACUCAGGGUGCCAAAAUGGGGAGGAGGAAACAGAGCAGGACACGUGAUUCAUAGCAGAAGAAGCUCAAAUUGAAAUAUGAAGUCCUUUCUGGUAAAAUAUCUGGAAAAGACAGGUUCAACAUUGCAGUACUUCACACAAGUGUUUAAAAAGAUAGAAUAUAAUGUAUAAUCUGACUUCCUUUGAGCAAUGUUGAACAUUACAGACACCAAUGAAGCCUAACGUCCUGUUAUAUAUAGCUCAUUAAUAUAAAUGAUUUGGCAUUCUUACAGAGGAGCCUGUCAAAUCAUCGUAUAAUUCUGGCCAGUUCUUUAGGCCUUUAAUUUAUCUGUGACAAACCAUAGAGGGUACUUAAGAUUAAGAGUGUAGUUAUCUGAAAAGUUCACCUGCAAAUCUUGUUUUUACUGCCAUUUAUGAAUGGGAUGACAGGUUAGCUUAUGGGCACUCUUCUUUAGUAUAUUAGCAAUUACAUGACGUUCUGUGAAUUGACCUGGGAAUCUGCCUUUCCUCCUCUUCUUUUUCCCCAAGCACCCAAACCAGGGAAAGGUAGGCACAUCAGGACAACAGAACAGAAACAGUUUUACAACAUAUUCCACUUGUGCACACAGAGCAAUAAAGAACUAUUUUGUGGAGACCUAUAGACCUAGUGAAGUUUAAAAUGAUUGGACACAUGUAGUCGACUUACUCUUAUGCAAAUGCCAGUAUUGCAAGACAAGCAUUCAGUAGUUUAUGGACAGCAAUUAUAUGGCACCCUUUACCGAACUGCACGUUUUCAUCAAUUCCAAACCAAGAAGAAAAUAAAGGCCCUGCUUUGAUAGAAAGUAAUGGGUCCUUGACACUUUGCAUGUGAACUAGUGUUAGAUCUAUUUUCCUCUCCUCUAUAGUUGUCUUUCUCUGUCUUUCCCUGUUAUGUGACCUAUUUUUUCUCCGCUCCCAGCCCUUACCCUUAAAAGUUUCAUCUCUCGGUUCUCCUAAAUGUGUUUUGCUUUCUUCCUUUUUCUUCCCUUCUCUUGUUUGUAAGUUUUAUUUUUGUAAUUGUGCAUGUACAAGCGUCACUGACUCGAUGGAUAUGUUUAAAAAAAAAAAGAGAUUUCAGCUGCUGAAGCCAUGCAAAACAUUUUGAAUUGCCCUUAAAAUAUGGAAGAUGUUUUCUGAAUGCUUUAUAUUCUUUCUGCUGUAAAAUAAUAAAAAAAGGAAAAAAUGGAGAAAACUUGA